AUGAGAUAUUUGGCUGCCAGAUGUGUCCAGGGACAGGUCAGUUUCUAUCCCUCCAUAUCCAGUUUCUAUCCCUCCAUAUGGGCUGAAGCAGUAUACAGAUUAGACUUUUGUAUUUCCUUUUUUUGUCUUUCAUUUCUUUUAUACAAUUCACAAUAUUUCAUUCCUCUUUCCCUUUUCCUUCCUUCGCUUCAUCUGCAUUCUCUUUCCCUUUUCCUUCCUUCGCUUCAUCUGCAUUCUAUUUCCCUUUUCCUUCCUUCGCUGCAUCUGCAUUCUCUUUCCUUUUCCUUCCUUCGCUUCAUCUGCAUUCUCUUUCCCUUUUCCUUCCUUCGCUUCAUCUGCAUUCUCUUUCCCUUUUCCUUCCUUCGCUGCAUCUGCAUUCUCUUUCCCUUUUCCUUCCUUCGCUGCAUCUGCAUUCUCUUUCCCUUUUCCUUCCUUCGCUUCAUCUGCAUUCUCUUUCCCUUUUCCUUCCUUCGCUUCAUCUGCAUUCUCUUUCCCUUUUCCUUCCUUCGCUUCAUCUGCAUUCUCUUUUCCUUCCUUCGCUUCAUCUGCAUUCUCUUUUCCUUCCUUCGCUUCAUCUGCAUUCUCUUUUCCUUCCUUCGCUUCAUCUGCAUUCCCUUUUCCUUCCUUCGCUUCAUCUGCAUUCUCUUUCCCUUUUCCUUCCUUCCUUCAUCUGCAUUCUCUUUCCCUUUUCCUUCCUUCGCUUCAUCUGCAUUCUCUUUCCUUUUCCUUCCUUUUGCUUCAUCUGCAUUCUCUUUCCUUUUCCUUCCUUCGCUUCAUCUGCAUUCUCUUUCCCUUUUCCUUCCUUCGCUUCAUCUGCAUUCUCUUUCCCUUUUCCUUCCUUCGCUUCAUCUGCAUUCUCUUUCCCUUUUCCUUCCUUCGCUUCAUCUGCAUUCUCUUUCCCUUUUCCUUCCUUCGCUUCAUCUGCAUUCUCUUUCCCUUCCUUCGCUUCAUCUGCAUUCUCUUUCCCUUCCUUCGCUUCAUCUGCAUUCUCUUUCCCUUUUCCUUCCUUCGCUUCAUCUGCAUUCUCUUUCCCUUUUCCUUCCUUCGCUUCAUCUGCAUUCUCUUUUCCUUCCUUCACUUCAUCUGCAUUCUCUUUCCCUUCCUUCGCUUCAUCUGCAUUCUUUCCCUUUUUCCUUCCUUCGCUUCAUCUGCAUUCUCUUUCCUUCCUUCGCUGCAUCUGCAUUUCUUUUUCUUUUCCUUCCUUCGCUUCAUCUGCAUUCUCUUUCCCUUUUCCUUCCUUCGCUUCAUCUGCAUUCUCUUUCCCUUUCCUUCCUUCUCUUCAUUUACAUUCUCUUUCCCUUUUCUUCCUUUCAUUUACAUUUUCUUUCCCUUUAA